UGCCAGGCCCGCGACCCCGAAACCGCUGCCCCCGCGGGGCGUGCGUGUGCCUGCAGCUGCUCCCGCCACCGGAGCCAUGGCCCCCGCUUCAGACUUGAAACUCGGUAAAAAAGUUAAUGAAGGUAAAACGAAAGAAGUGUACGAGCUGCCAGAUAUCCCGGGAUGCGUUCUCAUGCAGUCAAAAGACCAAAUAACAGCGGGAAAUGCAGCCAGGAAGGACCGAAUGGAAGGGAAGGCUGCCAUUUCCAAUACUACAACUAGCUGCGUGUUUCAGUUGCUUCAAGAAGCUGGAAUCAAAACAGCUUUUGUCAGGAAACAGAGUGACACAGCAUUCAUAGCAGCUCACUGUGAGAUGAUCCCAAUUGAAUGGGUGUGCAGGAGAAUUGCUACUGGCUCGUUCCUCAAAAGAAACCCUGGUGUCAAAGAAGGAUACAGGUUUUACCCACCCAAAAUAGAGAUGUUUUACAAGGAUGAUGCUAAUAAUGAUCCACAGUGGUCUGAGGAGCAGAUAAUUGAAGCAAAAUUCUGUUUUGCUGGACUUACUAUUGGCCAGACUGAAGUGGAUAUUAUGGCUCGUUCCACUCAAGCUAUUUUUGAGAUCCUGGAAAAAUCAUGGCAGCCUCAAAACUGCACCCUGGUAGACCUAAAGAUUGAAUUUGGGGUUAAUAUUCUGACAAAAGAAAUUGUUCUUGCUGAUGUAAUUGAUAAUGAUUCAUGGAGACUGUGGCCAUCAGGAGACAGAAGCCAGCAGAAGGACAAACAGUCCUAUCGGGACCUGAAAGAAGUGACUCCUGAAGCACUGCAAAUGGUUAAGAGAAACUUCGAAUGGGUUGCAGAAAGAGUGGAGCUGCUUCUGAAAACAAAGAGUCAAGGUAGAGUUGUGGUGUUGAUGGGAUCUCCUUCUGACCUCAGUCACUGUGAAAAAAUAAAAAAGGCAUGUGCAACCUUUGGAAUUCCUUGUGAGUUAAGAGUGACCUCUGCUCACAAAGGGCCAGAUGAAACCCUGAGGAUCAAAGCAGAGUAUGAAGGAGAUGGAAUCCCAACAGUGUUUGUUGCAGUAGCUGGCAGAAGCAAUGGUUUGGGGCCAGUAAUGUCUGGUAACACUGCUUACCCUGUUGUAAAUUGUCCUCCACUCUCAGCUGACUGGGGUACUCAAGAUGUGUGGUCCUCUCUCAGACUACCCAGUGGUCUGAGCUGUCCUACUACGCUGUCACCUGAAGGAGCUGCUCAGUUUGCUGCCCAGAUAUUUGGGUUAAACAACCAUUUGGUGUGGGCCAAGCUGCGAUCAAGCAUGCUGAACACCUGGAUCUCCUUGAAGCAGGCUGACAAAAAACUUCGAGAGUGUACCUUGUAAGUCAUAGUAACAAGUAACACGAGUUAUGCAAAAAGAAUGGUGUACAUAUUCAGUCAUAUCAGGAUUUACAUUUGGAUGAGCUCAAGUCCUGCAUCCUUUUUUACAGAAGAAAGCAUUGUUAUAGCAGCAGAUGAAAUCUUGUGUCCAUCCUUCCCUUGUGUAUUUUUUUAUAAAACAGCUAAGUAAAAGGUGAGGAAGUAGUAUUUUAGAUACCUCUUUCUGUUGCUCCAAAAUGGGGCUGUUCUGCUUUUUAAUGUAUACUGUUAACAGGCUAUAUCAAGAGAAUGAUUUGGUGCAAUUUAAAUAGAAUUCAACUAGUCUGCUGUAUUUCUGUAACAGUAAUGUUCUUCCAUAGUAAUAAUGUGUCUUGAACCCUGUUAACUCAACUGGACUGCUAUCUAAAGCCAGUGCUGAUGCUGUUCUGCUUGCAGUGAUGGAAUGCUUUCUUUAGCAAUAAAAUGGCAGCAUAUGCUAUAUUAAUAGGAAAAGGGGCUGGAAAAAUCUUCUCAGAGCCUGAAAUAAAUACCUGCCUUAUUUUAAAAAUGUAUAUGCAUACAUGUUGGUUUAUUUUUAAUUGUGUGUGUGUAUACAUACCCCACUCAUACCUUCUAGAAUAACACAGUAAAGGUGACACCAAUUCUCGUUCAUAACAAGCUCUAAAUACAAACGUUUUGAGUGAACUGUAACUAGGCUUGUUGCCUGUUUGCUGUGAUGCUUCCCUGGUCUAGUUUUUGCCCUUUUAAAUACUAGGCAGAUCUCUAACUUCAACAGUCAUGAAAGGUAUAAAUGAUGUUGUUAAACUAUAUUAUUACAUUUCAAUAACUAGCUAUAGAUAUCUAUUAUUUCCUCAAAAUUUUUCUAUGGAAAUUGUACUGAAGCGGGGAAUAAAUAGUAAAGCAACAAACUACUGGGGGGAAAUCCAAGCAUGACUGUGUUGUCUUUGCACACUCAAAAGUAGGUAUGAUUCCUAACAAAUAUGCAAUUACUCAAUGUAUGUAACAUUUAUGCUUUUACAAUUCUAAAUAAACUAUCAAAUUCA